AGUCAGUCAGAAGCCGCUUUCCCAUUGAGGAAUAGCUUAAACCUAUGAUUCUCAUCGGUCUGCUCGGCUUGUUUUGGUCCCUUUUCUCAGACGGAGAGGCGGUUUGCACAUCAUCGUCACAGGAUUGAACCUCAGCAGCUGAGACGUCGACUCUCUUUUCAACGCACUGCUACAGGUUUCAGGCAUGGCCAUGUGGAAAGUGACAUAACCUCACAUUCUCUGCCGGUUCAUGUCUGAGGACAGCGACUCAAAGCUCUAUCAUUUCUCCGCUCUGGACGGCCACGAACGGGUCGGUUACCGGGCUGAGGAAGAGCAAGGCCACCCGCGUGGCUCCAUGAGCCAACUACACCGUAUGGCCAGCAGUUACGGCGAGGGCUGCGGCGUGCAGGACGGGGGGGAGCUAGAACCCGAGUUAGGACUGGCGUCCGAGGGGAGCGACAGCGGACACGAGCACCCGGCCUCUCUGCGCUCCCCGCACGAUGACAGGAAGCGCCAGCGGACGCCCCUCCACGAGGACGUGGAGAUGGGCGGCUCGAGCGGGAGCGGGACGGAAUCCCAUGGCAACGAAUCUCACGGAAACGAGUCCCACGGCAACGAAUCCGUGGGUAGUGUGAACGGCAACGGGAAGGAUUCUGCUAUCAUAGAGUCAUCAGGAAGCAAUAAGAGCUCCAACUCCCACAGCCCGUCUCCGCCGAGCAGCUCCAACGCCUUCAGCCUGGUGAGCUCCGAGCAGGACAAUCCGUCAACCAGCGGCUGCAGCAGCGAACAGUCGGCCAAAGCCAAGACUCAGAAGGAGCUCUUCAAGACUCUCAAGGAGCUCAAGAUGCACCUGCCUCUAGAAAAGAGGAGCAAGGGCAAAUCCAACACCGUCAACACGCUCAAAUAUGCGCUGCGGUGUAUCAAGCAGGUUAAAGCUAAUGAGGAAUACUACCAGAUGCUGAUGAUCAAUGACAGUCAUCCCCCUGGCUUUGACGUGUCGUCGUACACCAUAGAAGAAAUCAACACCAUCACCUCCGAAUACACGCUGAAAAACACCGACAUAUUUGCUGUAGCGGUGUCCCUCAUCACGGGGAAGAUUGUUUACAUCUCGGACCAGGCUGCCUCCACCCUGAACUGUAAGCGGGAAGUUUUCAACAAUGCUAAGUUUGUGGAGUUCCUGACGCCGCAGGAUGUCAGCGUGUUCUACAGCUUCACCACGCCGUACCGCCUCCCCUCGUGGAGCAUGUGCACCGGAGCAGAGUCGUCUCCCACGGAGUGCAUGCAGGAGAAAUCCUUCUUCUGCCGCAUCAGUGGGGGGAAGGAACGGGAGGGGGACCUCCAGUACUAUCCUUUCCGGAUGACGCCCUACCUGAUGAAAGUCCAAGACGCGGAGCUUUUGGAAGAGCAGUUCUGCUGCCUCCUGUUGGCUGAGAGGGUGCACUCUGGUUACGAAGCUCCCAGGAUUCCUCCAGACAAGCGCAUCUUUACCACCACACACACCCCUAACUGCGUGUUCCAGGACGUGGAUGAGAGGGCCGUGCCUCUGCUGGGUUACCUUCCUCAGGACCUGAUUGGGACUCCCAUUCUGCUCAAUCUGCACCCAAGCGACCGGCCAUUAAUGCUGGCUGUGCAUCGCAAAAUUCUGCAGUGUGCCGGUCAGCCGUUUGACCAUUCCUCGAUCCGGUUUUGUGCAAGAAACGGUGAAUACAUCACCAUCGACACCAGCUGGUCCAGCUUUGUGAAUCCCUGGAGCCGGAAGGUGUCCUUCGUCAUCGGGCGGCACAAAGUUCGCAUGGGUCCUGUCAACGAAGAUGUCUUUGCAGCGCCGGCUUUCCACGGAGGGAAGAUGAUGGAUUCAGACAUCCAGGAAAUCAGUGAGCAGAUCCACAGGCUGCUGCUGCAGCCGGUUCACAACAUGGGCUCCAGUGGCUACGGCAGCUACGGCAGCAACGGGUCCCACGAGCAGCAGGUGAGCAUCAGCUCCUCCAGCGAAAGCAACGGGAACGUCCCAGCAGGGAGCACGGCGGAGGAGACGGGCAAAACCAAACCCUCCAGGACCUUUCAGGAAAUCUGUAAAGGAGUCCACAUGCUGAAGAACCAGGACCCUCACGUCUGCAUGCGCACCUCGUCAGUGUGGCAGUCCAAACCGGAGCAAAGAAAGGCCACAGACACUCAGAGGAGCUCAGGGGUCCGCGUGAGAGACUCCGCCCCUCAAUCACACUACAGAGACAACGCCGGAGCCAGCAUGGACGACUUCACCUACAAAGACCAGUCUGUGUGCUCCUACCAGCAGAUCAGCUGCCUCGACAGCGUCAUUAGGUAUCUGGAGAGUUGCAACGUCCCCAUCACAGUGAAAAGGAAGUACCAGUUCUCAUCAAACACCACGUCUUCAAACUCAGAUGACGACAAGAGGGGCUCAGAAGAUGGAAUGCAGGCGCCUCAGGGCACGCACACAGAUCCUUUGAUGCUGGACGCCCAGCCUGGCCUGUCAAACAUGAAAGCGCAGAAGAAGCCCCCGUCCGGGGCCGCCGCUGUGGUGGGGGGCACCCUGGCUUCCCUCGCUCUGCACAGCAAGGCUGAAAGCGUUGUGUCCAUCACCUCGCAGUGCAGCUACAGCAGCACCAUCGUCCAUGUAGGAGACAAGAAGCCUCAACCGGAAUCUGAGAUCAUCGAAGACGUUGCAGAGAGCCCAGCGCCCCCUGCUGUGCCGGUCAGUAUGGUGUCUCCACCCAGCCAGGAGAAGGAGGCCUACAAGAGGCUGGGACUGACCAAGGAGGUGCUGGCGGCGCACACCCAGAAGGAGGAGCAGGCCUUCCUGAACCGCUGCCGAGAGCUCCGCACGGCCAGGAGCUUCCAGAAGGAAUGCUCCUCCUGUCUGCUCAACCAGCGAGGCGCAGCCAACGCCGAAGACUCGCCUGGUCAACAGGGAGCUGCCAAACCAGGUCUGACCAGGCCAGAGACGACGGCGAGGAGGGGCAACCGCAACAGAAAGUCCAAGAAGCCGCGAUUGAAGCAUCCCGACUCGUCGGACAGCGCCGUGUCCAAUCGCAAACCCCUGCCCCCACUUCAAGGCCUCAAUCAGACAUCUUGGUCCCCGUCUGAAGCUUCCCAGUCAGCUUUUAACGUGUCCUACCCCACCAUGGUGCCUGCGUAUCCGCUGUACCCCCCGAUGCCUGCCGCGCCGGCCCAGGGCUCCCGCCCCGACGCAUCUCUGCCCUCCGCCUUCAGAGAGGGGCAGAACGCUCAAGCUCCCCCGCCUAGCACUCCGUUCCCGACUCCGAUCGUUACGCCUGUGAUGGCUCUGGUUCUGCCCAAUUACCUGUUCCCCCAGUUAGGACAGUUGAAUCAGAUGGGCCAGCUGGGCGCGGCGCCGAGGCCGGCGUUUUUCGCCGAACAGACUCAGCCACAGCCGGCGUAUUCUACCCAGCAGGCCUUUCAGACGCCUCAGGCGGCGUACCAAAUGCAGACGCAGCCUUCCUUCGCCCCCCAGCAGCCGUUCCCGGUGCAGUCCGCCUUUUCUCCGCAGCAGCCUUUCCAAGGAGCCCAGGCCCCCUUCAUUACCCAGCAGCCUUUCCCAGCCCUUCAGACCGCCUACGCUACGCAGCAGCCCUUCGCUGCCCAGUCGUCUUUCCCAGUUCAGACUUCUUUUGUGGCUCAAGCCCCUUACGCAGCGCAGCCUUUCCCCUACGCCAUAGCCCCAGAGCACCCCAAACCCCCCACAGCUGAGCCCAGAGAGGGGGCCCCUUCACGCUCCUCCCUCCCCGCCUCGGGGGCCAGGGAGCCCACCACGUCCCCUCCGCUGUUUGAAUCUCGCUGCAGCUCGCCCCUGCAGCUCAACCUGCUUAGCAUGGAGGAGGGACAGCGUUCGGUUGAAAGGCAGGACAGCACAGCGGGCCCGUCCGGAGGUCAGGGCGGCGCUGCAGCGGCGCUACCGGGGGCAGCAGGGGACAAGAGCGCGGGUUCAGCUAAGACUGACAAUCACCAACAGGAACCCAGAGGAGACGGAGCUCACAGCGAUGGAAACUCCUCAUCCUGCAAUCUGCUGGACAUCCUGUUGCAGGAGCAGGAGGACGCUCACUCUGGUACCGGAUCGGCCACCUCCGGCUCCAUGGGCUCCGGUUUGGGUUCCGGAUCUGCAUCCGGCUCUGGCUCCAAUGACUGUCGGACCUCAGUUAGCGGAGCGUCUGGCAGCCGAACAGGGAGCAGCAACACCAGCAAGUACUUCGGCAGCAUCGACUCUCUGGAGCAUGACCCCAAGAGGAAAGGCAAAUUAAGAAGCGAAGGAGGCUCAGAAAGCAGCAAGUCCCAGAACAAAGCCUCGGUUCAGGGCGAAGGGGAGCAUUUCAUCAAAUACGUCCCGCAGAAGCCGCUAUGGCUGCUCAUGGCCAACGCCGACGAUGAGGUCAUGAUGACGUAUCAGAUGCCACCCAGGGACAUCCAGCGGGUGCUGAGGGAAGAUAAGGAGAGGCUGAGGCAGAUGCAGAAGAGCCAGCCUCACUUCACCUCAGAGCAGCGGAGAGAGCUGGUGGAGGAACAUCCCUGGAUGAGGAGAGGAGGCCUCCCUGCAGCUAUCAAUGUGAAGGAGUGCAUCUACUGUGAGGACGCCGCAGCGGCAGCUGGACCCAUUGAGGAGGAUCUACCCGACAUGGAUCUGGGCGAGCUGGGCGACGACCUGAGCAGAGAGGGCCAGAGAGGCCAGAGCCAAUCAGAGGAGCCUAAAGCUCAGCAGGAUCAUGGCUCCUGAACGAGGGGGAGCGAUUCCAACAUGGACCCUUUUAGGCUCGCAUUGACAUUCUGGCUGUGCGGCUGAGAAUCCGGACGGAAAGGCACACCAUGAGAAGAGCGCUGUGUUGCCAUAGUGAUCCAGGAGGAGGUGUGCCAGUGGCGUGUUUGUUUGUCUGUGUGUUCUGCCCACGCGCAGUUCCUGAUAUCCCCCACCGGGGGGUGGUAGAGCGUUAUAAGAGCUUUGUAGCCUGAACCUACCUUUAGUAUUUCUCCCAUUUCACAAACAAAAGGGUCUCUGAAAUCUCUUGGCGCCUUUUUAUGGAGCUGUUUUCCCUCUAAUCAGAUACAGGGCAUUUAUUCUCAUACAGGUGAAGCUGAAGCUCUCUAAACUUUGUAUUAUAUCUUAGUAAUAUAUAAAAAUUUUUCUAGAUAUUAUUUUUAUAAAAAAAAGUGUUAAAAAAA